GAAUCGAGUAACAGCUACACACGAAAUCACAUUCAAGAAAGAGUAGAAAGACAAGAAUGAACUUGUCUGUUAUAUACGUUCUUCUCACGUAUUAAUUAAUUGCGAAUUAAAUUAAUGACAAGUGUUAAAUUUGCGUAAAUGAAAUUACUUUGAAAGUAAUAACUAAUCUUUGAGUCUUGAGUAAAAAGUGAUACGUAAAAUAUAAAAGACAACGCCUGUUUACUCAGCCAUUCACAAAUCACAAUUUUUGGAACGAGGACAAAUGAAGGAAAAGAUUUCUCGGGUCAAGAUUUAAUGUCAAAUUAACAAAAUAAGUGUGCCCUAUUCUCAAUUAUUGUCUUCAAAUUAGAAUAUAGGGAAAUUAUUAAUAUUUUUUUCGGAAUCGCUAAUAAAUAGGUUAAAAAGUUGGUUUAAAAAAUUAUUAAUUCGUCAUUUGUAAAGUCCUUUUAGCAUAAAUAAUUUAGCUUUUCAUUGUUUUAAAGGGUUAUCUCUAUACACGCAGAAGGGUUUUAGGUGUUCAAGUUAGACAGGAUCUGACAGGAUUUGUAAGGCAAAAGAAGUAGCGUAGACAACGUUUAUUGAGGAAAAGUGAGUCUGGAACGCGUCCGAACUUGGUUUUGUUGAAGCAACGAAAUAAAACCAAUGCGAAGGUAGGGAAAGUAAAGAUUUAGUAUUUUCACCAUCUCACCAUGUCGGACGACCAAGACGCCAUUAAUAAGGCGGCAGAAGUCGCAAAACAGUUAGCACUCUCAACAAAUAGCGCUGCAAAACCAGCCUCUCAAAAUCCGUGGCAGCAAUUUUCCGCUUUUCCUGGAUUUCCUUCUCAUCUACCUCCUCCAGGUUAUGCUGGCUAUCCCCAGAUGUACGGUUACGGCGAUUUUGGAAUGCAAGGAAUGAAUUUUUCUAAUCCUGCCUCUCAACCUCCGUCAGCUAUUCCUCAAAUGAACCUUCCACAGCCACCAGAUUCGACAUACCCGAACCAACCUCCUCCUCCCCCACCAAAAGAUUCAGGUACUUUAUCAUCAAAUUAUUCGCCAUACGGUGGUGGUGGACAACCUUCGGCUUAUCAACAGUGGAUACAAUCUCGACAGCAAAAAAUUGGGCCACAGGUUCAAGAUCAAGUACAACAGCAAUUGCCUUCUCAAAUUCCUGGAGGUGCAGGUCCUAAACCAAUUCGAUUUCAACUUCAGCCUAAACGUGGGGGAGGGAAGAAUAGUAGUAAUAAGUUCAACGCAAUGAGCAAUAACAAUCGUAGCCAAAUGGGAGGAUUUAAUAAUAGUAAUAGUAACAAUGUAAAUAGUAAAAGUAAUGGGUACGACGAAGACUUUGGGAAUCCUAACUUCAUGCCGUUAGGAGGAGGAAAUAUUAGACAGGGUGAGGCCAUGAGUCAACAGCAGAGUUGGAAUGGAUAUUCUGCUAUUGACAAACGGUCCGCCCUUCUCCCCACUCCUGCAGAUUCAAAACAAAAGAAUUCCAAUCCGAUGCAUACUCUCACACAGCAGCAGAUCAACAAUGCUAUGGAUCCAAGCGAUUGGCCUAAAAGCCUUCAGGAUUUUGUGUAUAGCUGCUACGCACUUUGUGCCAACGACAUGGAUAAAGACAGGGUUGACAUCAUUUUGAAGGGUAAAGUAAUCCGGGCAGCCUCUGAAGGCAUACUUCAGUCAAAAGAUUGGUCCAAGGAACCACUUCCAGAGAUUAAUGAAAAAUCAUUGCCAUUUGCUCCGCUUUCUGGGCCAAUCAAAGGUAAAGUUACUCAAGUUUCUGGUAAUCCAAUCAUCCGUCUGGACGAGCUACCGAUGAGCAGUAGUGAGCGAGGCCGUCGUGGCCGAGGGGGAAGAGGAGGUGGGAAACGAGGAAAAGAUACUGGGAGAGGUCGUGGACGUGGAAAUAGAAAUUUUAGGUCUAGGUCAUCAUCGUCUUCCAGGUCACGAUCCCGCUCCGGAUCAAAUUCUUCCAAUUCUUCAAGAUCUUCCAGCAGACGAGAUAAAAAACGCAGGCGCAGGUCUUCCGAAUCUCCUGAAUAUUUUGGUUCAAAGAAAGGUAGUAAAAACAACGUUAGAAACAACAAAAAUAACAAAAAGAAACAACAAAAAGGCAAGAAAGAUAACAGUGGAAAACCUGUUCACAUGUACAGCCAAGGAGGGAUUAUGCAGAUGGAUAUUGAAAGUGGGUCUUCUUCGAAGUUGUUAAAUGCCCGAGCCGCUCGCUUUGCAAAAGACAGUCCCACUUCUAGUUCGGGGAAACAAGUAAAGAAAGGAAAACCUUCCAUGAGGAGCAGACUCGGAGGAUUUGAUGUUCCCAGAUCUGUUACAGCAGUUCCAUGGGCAGUUGACGCCAACCCAUCUUCAUAUGAUAAUUCUUCGUCUUGGGCCAAUGCAGCAGCUGUCAUUGGAACAUGUACAGAUCUGGAGAAACGAUAUCUACGAUUAACCUCUGCUCCUGAUGCUUCCACAAUUCGUCCAACUCAUGUGCUGAAAAAGAGCUUGGAAAUGGUGAAAAGAAAAUGGAAAGAAAACUCUGAUUAUUUCUAUGCUUGCGACCAAUUAAAAUCUAUUCGUCAAGAUCUCACCGUUCAACGUAUUCGCAAUGAAUUUACAGUCAAUGUUUAUGAAACCCAUGCUCGGAUAGCCUUAGAGAAAGGUGACCAUGAAGAGUUUAAUCAAUGUCAGUCACAACUUGUUCAGCUUUACCAGAAAAUUCCUUCAACCUUUAAAGUAGAGUUCACUGCGUAUAGAAUUUUGUAUUACAUAUUUACUGCAAAUACAUUAGAUAUCGGAACAGUGAUGUCUAAAUUGACCGAUGAGGAAAAGAAAGAUGUAUCAAUCCAACAUGCAUUGUCAGUAAGGUCAGCGUGGGCCAUCAAAAAUUAUCCAAAGUUUUUUAAAUUGCAUUCUGAGUCGCCAAAAAUGGCUGGUUAUCUUAUUGACUGGUUCGUCAAUCGAGAAAGAAAAUGUGCCCUGAAAUGUCUACUGAAAUCAUAUCGACCCAACAUACCAACAGCUUUCGUUAGAGAACAACUAGCCGUCACUUUAGAAUCGGAUUGGAAUGCAUUUUUAACAGCUACUUCACUGGAGAAUGCUAUUGUAUAUACUGACUCUCCAAUGAAUACCAAAAUAAAUGCAAAAGACUCGUACCCCCUGGUUAUGGCUGCUGCUCCCCCGAAGUAGACAAACUUAUUGACCUUAUAAUCCCCCCGUUGUCAAAUCGAAUUGAAAUCCAAAAAGCCAGGAAACGUAAUCAAAUUAUUUGAGAGAACCCUUUCAACUUUCAACAACAAGUCAAAUUUUUCGACAACCAGUAACCAAUUACUCACUUUUGCAACCCCUCUCUCCCACCUCCUCAAUUUUGCGGAAUCCGUACAUUUGAAGUUGUCGUUUUGCGUUUACCGUUCUCCAUAGAAUGAAUGAGAUGAUGAUGUGUUAUUAUUGCACUGCGGGCACAAAUCGAAAAUAUAUCGCAUCCGCUCAUGUGAUAGGUUCUUCAUCUUAUGGUCGUCAUAAUAAUCCAUCUUCUUUACAAAUUCUCAAGUUCCAGAUGGUGCACAUUCUCUUCAUCGUCGUCGUCUGACCUCCAAAAUUGUUGAUAUUUUUGAGCAAAACAACCACCGAGUGAUGUGACUUUAGAGAUCAUCGUCUCCUUCUCUAUUCCAUUAAUCAACAAUAUUAACGUUAUGAUUAUUAUUAUAUUAUAUUAUAUUACACUAUAUUAUAUUAUAAAACUACCUCGUUGUGACGCAUGUUUCGGUUGAGUAGACAUGUACUCAUUAUGCCUCGUUUUUUGUAAUUUCAACGAAAUUACGUAAUAAAGCGAUUAGAGUUUUUUCAGAACAAAAAUA